UAAACAUCGUUUUUGCGUCGGGCUACGUUAAGUAGGACAGUAGUGGUCACUCGGCCAUUGUGCGUGAACUCACUCCACGGACGGCGUCUUCACACCUCGCUCUACCGUUUGUCGCGACUCCGUUGCAACGUUCACUAGCAAAGCAAAAUGGCGCCCAAGUACAAGCUGACGUACUUCAACGUGAGAGGACGCGCGGAGCUCGCCAGGCUCAUUUUCGCUGCUGCGGGAGUGGAGUUCGAGGAUGCCCGGGUGGACGGGGCACAGUGGGCCGCCAUUAAAGAGACGGCGCCGAUGGGCCAGCUGCCGCUGCUGGAGGUUGACGGGAAGACGAUGUGUCAGAGCACGGCCAUAUUCCGUUACGCCGCCAAGGAAACAGGUCUGAGCGGGAAGCCUGGCUGGGAGGAGGCACAGGCAGAUAUGUUGGUCUGUGGGAUGGAAGAUCUGUUCAUUAAGCUUGUGACAGCUCACUUCGAGAAAGAUGAAGCCAAGAAGGAAGAGUUGAAGAAGGAGUUGGUUACCUUCGUCCCACAAUUCUUCGGCAACUACGAGAAACUCUGUGGACCUGACGGAUUUUUUGUCGGUUCCAGCUUGACCUACGCUGAUCUGGCCUUCUUUGCUGGGACGCACAAUAUUCUGAAGGAGCGUGCAGACGCCCUGGAAAACUUCCCCAAGCUGGCCAAGGUGAUCGAGAACGUAAAGGAUAACAAGGGAGUCGCCGCUUACAUCGCCGAGCGCCCGGACACAGCCGUGUGAUGGAACAGACCUAGGGCUAGCCUGAUAUCCAGUCUUACGUGAUUGGGGGUAUUGGGAUGUUCAGGCAGGUUGUGCCUUCGGGGGCUCUAAUAGCUUCCCC